CAUCACUCACUGUGUAUAGGUGGUAGUAGCGUAGCUGUAUUCAAUUCAUUGGUAAUUCUAUAACCUCUCAAAUCAGUCUUAACAAAUGCGUGGUGAAUCCGCGAAAUUAAAAUAAAUUGAAUGAGGUAUCUAUUACUUGUUACUCAAUCUAUUUAUUCAUAUUUAUAUACCAGACAAAAUACAACAGUAUAUAAUUAAAAAAUUCCCAGUAUGAAAUAUACUCAAGAGGAUACUCCACCAUCCUCAAUAAGUGGCGAUGAGAUCUCUGCGAUGGACGCAGAUGGAGUAAUGUAUUUAGAUGAAAUGGAAGAGAUACAACUUGAUGAAGAAAUGGAAGAUGAUGAGGAAGAUUUUGAAAUAGAGCCACCUGAAGACCACUCUGUUGUCAUGUUUGAUAAACAUAUUGGAUCUGUAUUUUGCUGUGAUUUGCACCCUCAUGGCAAAUUUGCUGUAAGCGGGGGAGAAGAUGACAAAGCUUAUGUUUGGUCUGUGGAGACUGGCCAAAUUGUAAUGGACUGUACUGGACAUAAGGAUUCUGUGGUUUUUGUUGGAUUCAGCUUUGAUGGCACUUAUUUAGCAACAGCUGACAUGAGUGGUGUCAUUAAAGUUUGGAAAUGUAAUUUAGAGGAAAAUAAACAGUUGCCAUGGCCAGUCGCUUUUGAGUAUGAAUCAGAUGAUCUUAGUUGGGGAACCUGGCACUUUGGAGCACAUGUGUUAAUUUGUGGUGCUAACAGUGGUGAAAUUUAUAUAUUCAAAAUACCAUCUGGCGAUACAAAGGUUUUGCAAGGCCACAAUGUUAAAGUUGAAUGUGGAAAGUUAUUUAAUGAUGGAGUUCGCCUGGCGGCUGGUUAUGAGGAUGGAGCAGUUAAAGUAUGGGACUUGAAGACAAGUUCAGUACUCCAGCAGAUUCCUAACAAUGUCCAUGGAAUCAGAGUGACAGCCAUUGACACCCACCAUGACAACAACUUAAUAGCCUCUAUAUCCACAGAUGGUAAAAUUGUUCUAAGUACAGCAACAAACGGCAAAGUAGUCGGGGAGCUCGAGACCGAAAAUGACUUGGAGGUCAUAGCUUUCUCCAAGGAUCCUCAGAUGGAUUACUUUGCUACAGGUACUCUAACAGGCGCUAUAAGUAUUUGGGAUGUACCGCGCCAAAUGAUACGAUACGAGUGUUCAAAAUCGGACGAGAAUUCGAUAGCAGGAGUUACGAAGAUGAUUUGGGUGGAGAACCGGUUGGUGGUAGGUGGCCUCGACGGUUCUGUGAGGGCUUAUGAAGGCAGGACCGGGGAACAGUGUCUAAUGUUAACAGGUCACAGGUCAGAAAUUUUGGACUUAUGCUACAACGUUAAACAAAAUAUUGUCCUUACCACUUCUGAUGAUGGUACGGCCAGGAUAUUUAAAUACGAAAUUAACAAAGACAAAGAUUAAUAAAAUUUGUAUAAAAACA